UCGGAACUUCUGGGCGCCCUCUUUCCUUACGCCGAGCGGUUUCUCUCAAUCGAGAGAGCUCUUCAACCCACCGAUCUGUCUCCUUUGCGUCAUCAUUCCAGCAUCCGUUCUUGAAAAGGGUUUAUUGACCACAUCCCAUCGCAGUAAUGGAUCUUGCUGGUGCAUCUGGUUCUCGACCUCCUCCAGUGGCCGACCCUUCGACCGCUCUCGCAGAUGCCGUCUUCAACAUGUCCUUGGACUCGCACUCGAAGCAACGCACUCCAGCCAACACCUCAUCUAGUAAUGGUGCAAAGGCAACCCGCAUGAACCCAUGGCCCUCGCUCAACCGGAACGACAACCUAGACAUCGAAAUAAUCCACCAACUACCAAAUGUGCCCGCUACCGUAUUCACUCUCUUUCCGAAGCUAGUUCCAGAACUCCGCUGCAAGGUAUGGUACUGGGCUUCCCAUCUCCCUCGAAUCAUUGAAAUCGAGCGAUGUCCCACACGUGAUGGAUCUAUUGAUCUGGGAACCCAUCCUGAGCAUCAAGUGUGUCCAAAGUCCAGGUUGCCGCACGUGGUUCUGCAGGUCAAUCACGAGGCUCGGAAGGCGGCGAUGAAGGUGUAUGAAAUGAGGACCUUUGACUCUGAUGAAGGACGUUUCAUCUACUUUAACCCAAAAUCGGAUAUCGUCUACUUUGGGGAGAAGAACUGCUUUGCGACAAUGAUCCGGGCAUUCAUGCAUGCUAGUCGGAACAAGGAAGAGAUCCCACAAGUCGCGAUAGAUGUUGUAAAGAGGUGUAGAUCGUAUGAGUGCCCACACGAUACACUCGAGCACCCCUACCUGAGGGUAGUUGAUGAGUUGAGGGUCUUGCAUGGCUUCGAUAACGGGCCCUCCGCCGUCACUGACCCAGAGAAGCAAUGGAAUGGCUGUCCUGGAUUGAGAGAAGUAUACUUCGUUGUGAAGUCGGAUUCCUUGCAGCUAGACGUCGGAGCCAUCGACGCAUCGAUUGUAUUUCGGCCCGCAACGGCCAGCUGCAUGACAGAGGAUCAGAUAUCAAAGAAGCAAGAUCUAGAGUACGAGGUCGAAUAUAUGAGACGCUGCGUCGGUCUGAUGGGCAUCGAGGAGUACAAAUGGUCCGAGGAUCCGCUAAAGUUCCAUUUUGUCAGCUUGGCUUCACUUAUCGUUAAACGACCAGAUUAUCGGAUACAUUCAACCAUGUCCGUAAAACAGGAAGGAAUCAAGAGACUGGAGCAGAACAACUGGUCUUUCGUGAAGCGUCUCGAGAGCAGGACUGAGUGCCAUAUCACGAUUCCCGAGAACCCGUUUCGUCGAAGACGACCCCUUGAGAUUGGAUUCUUUGGAACGAAGGAAAACGUUGCGAAGGCGAAGCAACGAAUCAUGGAGAAGGCAAUGACAUACGGAGACAUACAGAAAUGGCGGAAAGAAAUCAUGAAGGAACCGAUCAAGCAGACGUUCGAGGAAACGAUAAAGUGUCUGGUCAAGAUGAAUCGUUCAACCGGGGAGCUAUUAAUCGAGGAGAACUUCGUUGGUAUCGAGACAGAGGGGGAGGCGAGCGAUGAGAAGUGGGAGAUUUUGCGUCAGGAUCUGGUGAGCAAGACAAAAGAGGAACUGACCCAGGAAUCGAACGAGGACCAUAUCAAGGAUAUUCUCACCAUUGCUCUGAGCCUUCCACAGAAGAACCCUUUCAAGGGACUGAAAGGAGAGGAGGGCUAGGUCAUGGUCUCGCAUGGACCAAAUAAACUGGGCAGAAAGUCCGACCAGGUUACGGGAGAGAGAAGUGAGUGAGGAGAAGUGGAGGGAGGGGGGAUGAUUGUAAACGGAAACUCGCAAGCUGACGAUGCUUCUGUAUGGGGCAUCCCAGAAUGUCAUUGGCUUAGAGGGAACCAAUAACAGCUGAUUAUGACCUCUUGUUAAGUCCAUUAAGUGACUUCUCGAGUACCCGAAUACAUUGACAGAUGUGGCUUGACAACUGUCGAGACCUGUCGAGUCGCGAUUUACAUACAUGAUUAGCAAGCAUCGCCCGAACCUACGCGCUAUUUCUGCUCCCCGGAACACCUGCGGUCUUGAACACCUGGAGUA